AGUUCAAUGGAAGGAAAGAAUCAGUCUGUGGUGUCAGAGUUUGUGUUCCUGGGACUCACCAACUCUUGGGACAUUCAAUUAAUCCUUUUCGUGUUAUCCUCCAUGUUUUAUGUAGCAAGCAUGACAGGAAACUCCUUUAUUGUGUUCACUGUGGCAUCUGACCCCCAUUUACACUCUCCCAUGUACUUUCUGUUGGCUAACCUCUCCUUCAUUGACUUGGGUGUUUCUUCUGUUUCUUCUCCCAGGAUGAUUUAUGACUUAUUUAGAAAACACAAAGUCAUCUCCUUUAGAGGUUGUGUUACUCAAAUCUUCUUCAUUCAUUUCAUUGGAGGUGUGGAGAUGGUGCUGCUCAUAGCCAUGGCUUUCGACAGAUAUGUGGCCAUAUGUAAGCCUCUCCAUUACUUGACCAUUAUGAGCCCGAUGAUGUGCAUCUUGUUUUUAGUGGCUGCCUGGGUGGUUGGCCUUAUUCACUCACUGAUUCAACUGGCUUUUGUAGUAGACUUACCUUUCUGUGGGCCAAACGUGUUGGACAGCUUCUACUGUGACCUUCCUCGAUUUAUCAAACUUGCCUGCACAGACACCCAUAAAUUAGAAUUCAUGGUCACAGCCAACAGUGGAUUCAUCUCUGUGGGCUCCUUCAUCAUACUGAUCAUUUCCUAUAUUGUUAUCAUAAUCACUGUACAAAAACAUUCAUCAAGUUCUUCCUCUAAAGCUCUGUCCACACUUUCAGCUCAUAUCUCUGUGGUUGUCUUAUUCUUUGGUCCUUUGAUAUUCUUUUAUACCUGGCCUUCUCCUUCAAUACACCUGGAUAAAUUUCUGGCAAUUUUUGAUGCAGUAGUUACUCCUUUUCUGAAUCCUGUGAUAUACACACUCAGAAAUCAGGAAAUGAAGGUAUCAAUGAAGAGAAUAUGCAGACAGCUAGUUAGUUAUAGGAAAACUUCUUAA